UAUCAGCAGCGACUACAAAUAUCGCCAGCACCAGUGGCACGCACUGGUGACCACGAUUAAUUAAAUUAAAUUGUUGUUAAAACUUGGUUAGAAUGGUGUUUCUUAACGUCGUGCGUAACGCUAUCCGACCAUUGUAUCAUGUAAAUACUUAUCAGUUAGUUAAUGUAAAUAUAACACGACAGUACUGUAGAUGGACUAGUCGAAGACCAAUUGCAAUUGUUAAUGAAGAUGAACUUUAUGAAACUGAGGAUACAGCUACUGAAAAACCUAUACGUAUGCGAAGAAGGAGACACAGGAGAAGGAAAUCUUCAGAUAAGACUCAAGAAUCUUCGGUGAAAACUGAAGAACCUUCAGAAACUAAACAAACAAAUAUGUUCACAAAGUUGAGAGAAAAUGAAAAAAUCAUAAUAAAUUUAAUGAGCCAAAUAAAAACUCGAAAAAGGAGAGAGAAAAACAAUGAAGUGGUAUUAGAAGGACAUAGAUUAAUUAAAGAUGCUCUCAAAGCUGGUUUGGUCCCAAAAGCGGUAUUUUUUAAUGAUUUCUCUGAAGUAAAAUCAUUAAAUCUUCCUGAUGAAGUCAAAUUAUAUAAAGUUCCGUAUAAAUCACUUCAACUAUGGUCUGCCUUAACUACUAGCCCUGGAUUAUUAGGAAUUUUCGAUACUCCUGAUGUGAGUAAUAAUCCUUCUGAUAACCAUACAAUACCACUUACUAUUAUUUGUGACAACAUAAGGGAACCAGGAAAUUUAGGAUCCAUCAUGAGAGCUGCUGUAGGUGUAGGUUGCGAAAAAUUAAUAUUAUUGAAAGGUUGUGUAGAUUUGUGGGAUCCAAAAGUUCUUAGAAGUGCAGCUGGAUCUCAUUUCCGUUUACCUAUUCAUGCAUUUCCAAAAUGGGAUGAGGUUCCAUCAUUAAUUAGUGAAGAUUCCAAUAUAAUUGUGGCAGAUAGCAACUUUGGCGAUGAAUAUGUAUCUCACUACACACCUAAUAUGCUUGAAUCAAGUGCAUGUGUGUUUGACAUUGAUCCAGAUAUUUUGAAAAACAAAUUAGCUGUCGAUGGAGAAAAAAAUGAAGAAUCAAAAUUAAUAAUACCAACAAAUAAAAAAAUGAUGAAACAGUUCAUGUUAAACCUACCUAUUGUACCAUACUAUUCUUUAGAUUAUACAAAAAAAGAAACUGUCAUCAUUUUAAGUGGAGAAACUGAAGGUUUGCAUAUUGAUUCGUGCAAAUUUUUAAGUGAAAAAAAGGGUAUUCGCGUCAAUAUACCUCUUAUGAAAGGAGUCGAUAGUUUAAAUGCAGGAGUUGCACUUGGUAUUGUUACUUUUGAAAUUAAGAGACAAUUUCUAAAAAAACAAAGUGAACUUUAAUAAAUACUUUUUAAUAUA